CUCAGUUUUGCACGCAACACGAGACUGAAAAUGUCAAGCUUUUCAUGGUUGAUCCUGAUUCUGAGUCUUCUCAAAAAUGACGUCAAGUGUGGCACUCUUGGCAAGUUGACGAAAUUUCAAGAGAGUUUAAUGCCAAGGACCAGCGACGGUUUGCCAACAAAUUCGUCUCAAUCGAAUUCGACGUUAUUUUCAAUGAACGAAAUUGUCUCGAAUUCAUCGGAAGUGGAGAGUAUCAGAAACGUAACAUCGAACAGAGCGGCAAAAUUUUUUAUUCCGAAAUUCGAGUUCCUCGCUGGUUUGAACCUCGGAGGAGGAUUAUCACAUUCGAAUAUGGCGAGUCUCGCGAACUUGGCGAAAAUUUCCGGCUCUCCGAGUCUCUCGCCACCCACGGUUCUUAAUCCUUUCAUCGCUGCCUCGUACGAUCCUUAUCCCUACGCGUCUGCUUCGUACAACGUGCAACAAUCGAUCAACGAUUUGACGCAGCUCUUGCAACUCAUAAAAACCCAGCUAGAAAACACUCUCAAUACGCGAAAUCAAUCGACUCCAAUCGACGACAAAUUCAUGGACGCAUUUCUCAGUAAUUUGGAAAACGCGGUCGAUAUAAUCGACGAUCGUAGAAGGAAGAAGGACAAAACCAGGGGGAAAAAUAAGAUUAAGAAGAAGCGAGAGGAACUCGAGCUGCAGGAAGACGAGGGCAAAAAAAACGAGAUCUUAGAAGACUUGCCAGAUGAACCAGUCCUUCGGAAACCUCCGAAACCCGUUAACCGACAAGCUGCAAUCAUGACGAAACCGGUAGCCCUCGACCAACCUGAGCCACAAACCCCCAAGCCAGAAACUUCGACGCCAGAAACUCCCAAGCCAGAAACCCCCAGGCCUGAAACAACUACGAUGGCUUCAAACUCGUCGAACGGUGGAGGCAUUAUACAGAAUGAUUACAAAGGAUAUUACGGUGGACAAGCACAAUCUAUCGCUGCUGGUCCGACGAUCUGGACUCCGGGUUAUCCUUCGUCAGCGCUCGGCCCGACCUGGCAAACUCCUGGUUUUCCUUCAGGGUCCUACGGCUCUCCCUCACUUUCUUACGGCCCGCCAUCUUCAUCCUACGGGCAACCCUCGCUAACUUCCGGUUCAAAUCCACCGUCGUACGUUCCGCCACCACAAUCUUCCGGUCUAUAUCCAUCGUCUUACAAUCCACAAACUUCGGGCCCAGUUCCACCGUCCUACGGUCCACCCCCACAGCCCGCGACGAUCUCCCUGUCGUACGGUCCACCGUCGCACUUCUAUGGCCUACCUGGUCAAACCCCCAUUCCAGAAUCGCCCGCUGUCCCUCAACCUCCGCAAUUUCCUGCUCAAACGAGGCAAGUCGCUGAUGCCCCACCCAGUCCCACGUCAUACUUCAAUGGUUACUCUCAGUACCCUCCCUACUUCGAUACCGCUUUGAACGACGAUGCGGCGACCAAUUCAUUCCCAUCGUCAAGAUCUUGGCUGCCAAAUCUCUCGCUCGCAAGAUCUAGAAAUUUUCGGGCUGCUACGGAACUCCCAUCGAGCGUGAAAAGCGUCAAUGGCUUCGUACCAAAUUGAGCGAAAAAUUUUCCAGCUUUUCUGCCAGUGUAAACUCUAUUUUUUAUCAGAGUCUUUGUUUAGUUGCUAUAUUUUACUGUACUUUUAUUGAAUAUUAUUCUCCUUUAACUCAACCUCGUCGACCGAUUUAUUUAGGAAUAAGAUAUAUAAUAAUUUCGUUGUA